AUGGAAGUGAAAGUUGUAUUGCUAAGCUGUGCCCUCCUGGCCAUAUGCCUUUCAUAUCUGCCUAAGAGCGAUGCAGUGGCAUGCGACGAUGCUGGCCUUCCCACGGGCUGCACUGACUGUUCAGACGCCCUUAAUGUGGCUCAUCCCGACUGUGUAUUAGAUCCAGUUACAACAUUAGCUCCAGAGACAACUGCGGCGCCAACAGUAACUGACCCGCCAGCCGGCGGAGCCACAACAGCAGGAACAGGAACAGGAACAGGCACUACGGCUGCACCCGCAGCUGGCAAGAAGACAAGGAGGAAGCGCAAGUGGAGGGUGGUCAGGAGGCCUGGCAAGACUGUCAUCAAGAGGCGCCGCAAUAAAAACAAAAAACUACAGAAAUGGUCCCUCAAAGGCUUUUAG